UUAGAGUCCGUGUUUCAAUAAAAGUGUGUUUUUGCUAAGUGCCGUGUGUGCGAUUAUUAUUGUCCAUGGAAGUACCACCGAUCGAGCAUCCCACCUAUUCCGCUGAGCUAUCAUCGCUGGUCCAGUGAGUAAUACUAUAUUUUUAAUACCGCUAAAAUGGAUCAAUAUCCCACGGAAGAAGAGGAAUAUGAGUUGAUGUACGGCGAUGACCUGGAUGCUAUGAACGACAUGGAAGUGGAGAUGACCCCAGCCACGCCAGGCCCAUCCAUUGCCAAAGAGAUAGUAGCGGACCCUCCCCGUGCGUCGACAUCCCAUUCGCACUAUUCGCGUCCUGCGCUCGACAGUCCCAGUUUGUCGCAAAUCAAUGGGGACAGUCCUCUGCGGAGUCCGGCAUAUUCGGUUAUCUCCAAGAACUCUACCACUAUCAACAAGCGUUUGUUUGAUGGGGAUGGGAAUUAUGGUCGUAUGGCUUCGACGCCGUUUCCGGGAGCGUCCGGAGAAAGGCGAGAAACGGAUCCUUUGGCAGAAAUCCAAAAUAUUGGUCUUAAUCCACGAAAGAGACGGCUUGAUGCCCUGUUUGGAGAUAUCCAAGACAUUGAAGACGACGGUAGUGUAUAUGAAUUUUGUCAGCAGGGUAUCAACAAGAAAACUAAAACAGAAGAGGAAUUGGACAUAGAACUGAUUGAAAGGAUUCUGGAAGCAAGAAAACGUUUUCAAGCGAUUGUUCAUCCCACCAAGUCUAGUGGAUUGGCCCGUGCUGAGGCUCUGCAUCGUUUUAAGAUGCAGAAUUUGUCGUACUCACUGCCAAAAUGGCCUUUUGCAACUGUCGUCAGAAGUGAUAAGGAGCGUGUUUAUGUGCGAUUUCACUCCGAGGAGUUUGAAACCAAUGCGAUUAACGAAAUCAAUUGUUUCAAAGAUGGCUAUAAUGGACUGCUGGGAGAUGCCAAGGAAAGGAUAUGGAAGGAUGCUAAUGAUAUUAUUGCUAAAAGAUUGGACGGGCCCACCAUAGCCAUCGCACCAAACCCAGACGUGGCCAUUGUCGUCCCGGACCAAGGCACUUCGCUGUGGGUUGAAAAGUAUCGGCCCAAACGUUACAUUGACCUGUUGUCGGACGAAACAACCAAUAGAAGCUUACUACAAUGGCUCAAACUGUGGGAUAAGGUUGUUUUCGGAAGAGAACCGAAAGAGAAGAAAGACGCCAAUCAGUUGAACAGUUUCAAUAAGAAAACCGGCCGGUUCGAAUCUAACGGAGGAUGGAAACGAAAGAAUCGAUCCGCUUUGAAUACUGACCUGGACGAGCAUGGACGACCUAUGCAGAAGGUGGCACUGCUGUGUGGCCCUCCCGGGUUAGGUAAGACAACUUUGGCUCACACUAUUGCACGACAUGCUGGAUACGUGGUGCGUGAAGUCAAUGCAUCAGAUGACCGCAGUCCAGAGGCAUUCCGCAUAGCACUAGAAAGCGGGACACAGAUGAAGUCGUUGCUGAACGAAGAGAAAAGACCAAAUUGCAUUGUGUUGGAUGAAAUAGAUGGAGCCCCCAUUGCCACCGUUGAUUUCCUGAUGAAGUUUAUAUCGGGUACGGUUGUAUCGAAAGGCGCCAAAAAGGGCAAAGGCGAGAAAGCAGAGAAAUUUAUCUUGAAGCGACCCAUUAUUUGCAUUUGCAACGAUUUGUACGUUCCGGCUUUGCGACAGUUGAGACAGGUCGCAUUUGUAGUGAACUUUCCACCCACACAAUGCGCACGAUUGGCCGAAAGACUUCUGAUGAUCUCCAAGCGAGAGAAAAUCGCAACUGAUCUGACGUCGAUGCUUGCGCUGGCCGAAAAGUCUGGGAACGACGUCCGAUCGUGCCUUUCAUUGUUGCAGUUCUACAGUUCACUCAAGAAACCGAUCCGGUUGACCGACGUCCUGAAAAGCACAGUCGGACAGAAAGAUCGUCACAAGGGACUGUUCGGCAUAUGGUCGGCCAUAUUUCAGAUUCAAAGGCCCAGGAAGACUCUGGUGGAAGCGGACAACGCCGAGAGCGAUGCCAUUGUCACGCUUACCGACAUGUCCCAGACGACCCGGAUGAGCAACAUUCUGGACGUGAUUCACAUGGCCGGCGAUCAGGACCGGUUGAUGCAGGGGGUGUUCGAAAACUAUCUGCACCAGAAAAUGCCCGAUCCAAACAUGGCCGGGGUGGCCGAAGCCGGCGAGUGGUUUACGUUCAACGAUCGUGUCCAGCAGUUGAUUAACCAUCAACAGAACUAUUCCAUCUAUCCGUACCUGGCGUACGGGUUCGUUGUUUGGCAUUAUCUGUUUGCCAGUAUGGCCUGGCCGAAAAUCAAUUUCCCCACCAAGGGAUUCGAGAAUUCGCAAAAGCUUGCAACGUGCAAGCUCAUACUCACCGGUCUACGAAAAGGACUAUCGGCACAACUGAAAGGAAUCGGGGAAGGACCAACGGUGCUGCUGGAUACGGUGCCAUUAUUGAAGCGGGUAAUAAGCCCUACGUUGCGUUCGGUUUCGAUUCAGUUGUUAACCCCAAAAGAGAAAUCUGACUUGACUCAUGCUGUGGAAGUAAUGGCCGAUUUUGGUCUAAAUUACAUUCAGCUCAAAUCCACCGACGGAACCUAUGCGUACCAACUGGAUCCUGACAUUGAGCAACUGAGUCACUUUCCCGGUGUGAUGAAUCAGAACCUGAACUACUUUGGAAAGCAGCUGGUGUCCAGGGAAGUUGAGCUGGAGCGGAUGCGACGGGCUCAACCGAAGGCAGCUAGCAGGGGUCCAUCGGCUUCGCUAACCGAAAUUAAGGAUGGACCUAGUGGGUCCAAGCAGCGGAGCAAAAAGGUCGAACCUCGAAAGGACUCAUCGGCCCAGCAAUUGCCGAACCAUUUGCAAACUUUGAGGCCGAAGCAAAUUACCGAGAAGGUGAAGCAGGUGGUUUCGAAGGAUUUCUUCGGUCGUAUAACUACCAAGGAGACGGUACUGUCUGUACAAGAAGGAGGAACAGAUACCAUAGUGAAAAGUCCUAUCUGGUAUCGUUACAAGGAAGGAUUCAACAAUGCUGUUCGGAAAGAUGUUACGCUUUUAGACUUGAUGUAAGUCCAACCGUUAUUUUCACUGAUAAACUUGUAAAUGUAUUGCUCAAAUCCUUAUUA